AAAUAAUGUUAUACCUUUAAGUCUGAAAACUUUAAAUGUUGAUUAUUUUUGAUAUUGGGUCUUCUAAUAAAUGCUAUAAAUUAUAAUAAUGGUCUAAAAGGCUCUAACCAUAUUUUUGCUAUAUGUGUAACUUCUGUUUUAUUUAAGAUCUAGGUGUUUCUAGUAUAAAUAUUUGUAUCAAAAUUUAAUCUCAUUAUUUUCUUAAGUUUAUUUUGUGUUUCUGUGACAUUUUUUCUCUAGUACAUUGUUUCAUUAAAAAUGUCACAUAAAGAUGAAUUUUGUGAACACAACUGUGGAUGUACGAAUUAUACGGCCGUGCAGUCUUUGGAAGAAAUGGAUUUUGUAAAAGGUAUAUGGUAUGCAGCUCAGAAUGGUGAUUACGAUAGAGUCCAAAAAUUAUUAGAAAGUGGAAAGUAUAAUACUGAUCACCGUGAUUCUGCAGGAUAUACCCCAUUACAUUAUGCAGCUAGGAAUGGACAUUUGCAAGUUUGUAAAUAUUUAGUUCAAAGGGGUUCGGAUGUAAAUGCAGUUACUAAAUGUGGUAAAGCUACAGCCCUGCAUAGGGCUUGCACAGCAGGUAAGAUUGAUGUAGUCAAGUUUUUGAUCUCACAAAAUGCCAAUGUAAAUCUAAAGGAUGCCGAUGGAAAGACAGCUUUUGAUAGAGCUGUUAACAGUAAUCAUCAUGAUAUAUGCAAUUUAUUAAAAGGACAGGAUAAUAUAGAUGAACAAUAAUGAAAUUUAAACAUCCAUUGUGUUAUUUGUUAUAAAAUUCAGUAAAUUAAUAAACCAUAUAUAAAAUUUUGAAA